AUGAAUGAAGAGGAGAAAAUAGGUGGAGUUCCUAUAGUCCCUCAGGACUAUGAGGACAUUGCCUUUUGUAUCAACUCAUGUGAUUUAUUUGAAAUAGGUUUUAAAGGCAGCCCUUUUACAUGGUGGAAUGGUAGGGCUGGGGAUAAUUGUAUGUUUGAAAGAUUGGACAGAAUCUUCUUUAACUCACAGUUUCAACAAUGGUUUGGUCACAUUGAAGUGGAGCAUUUAUCCAGGACUGGAUCUGAUCAUGCCCCACUUCUUAUCACUUUGGGUGAGGAAGUUCAAACUUUCAUAAAUCCAUUCAGGUUUUUGAAAUUUUGGACUGAGCAUAAAGAUUUCCUGGACAUAGUAAGGCUGAAUUGGUCUGAGGAGAGUGUUGGCAAUCCUUUUUUGGUUUUUAAACAGAAGAUCAAGAUAUUAAAAGGGGCUCCAUCUGCUUGGAAAAAUAGAAUAGUCUUUCAGCUUGCUCAGGCUGAAAUGAAGAAGUAUUUACAUUAUAAGGAAGAUUUUUGGAGACAAAAAGCAGGAUACACUUGGUUGUCUGAAGGUGAUAGAAGCACCAGGUUUUUUCACAACUUAGUAAAUGGAAGGAGAAAAAGGUUACAGGUGAAUAGAAUUCAAAUAUCUGAUGGUGAGUGGAUAGAAGAUAAGGAGCAGCUUGCAGCAGAAGCAGUUAAAUUCUUCUAA